GCAUCUUGAGAUCUAGAUCUGCCUCAUUUUUGGGCUCUACUGUAGAAUGACCUUAAAAAAUAAAAUAGAAGGCAUAGAUGAUAUAUGUAGAUCAUGUUCGAGCUCACGUAGCAACGUCCAGUAGGACAGUAUGAGCAUGUAAUCCACAUCAGUUUGAAAGUCGGCAAGUCGAGCACGUACUGGACGGUACUCAUCUCUUGUAGCGGCACAAUCCCGGUACCUCCCAGCGCCAUCGAGAACACGCAAUCCGCAUCCGACAAAAAACCAGAAAUUCGUUACGUAACAACGAAAUAACGCCUGCCAGAAAGAUAUUAAAUCACAAAAGUCAAUUUUCCUCGCCUCGGAGCUGAAAAACGGAAUUUAAAUCUAAGCAAAAUAUCUCUGCUUCUUGUUCAUAUACCUUGCCUCUGAGCUUUUCCUUCAUGCAGCGAUGGUUACCACAAGCAGGCCUUUCUUCUUUCUUCCUUUUUUUCUUAUUAUCCUCUUCUUCACUUUCAAGACCCAUGUCUCCAUGGCAGCUGACACCAUCUCUCUAGCCCAACCUCUAUCUGGAAACCUCACCAUAACCUCCAAAGAUGGCAACUUUGAAUUGGGUUUCUUCACACCAGGCCUCUCCCAAAACUACUAUAUUGGCAUCUGGUUCAAGAAAGUCUCCCAACAAACCGUCGUUUGGGUAGCCAACAGAGAAACACCCCUCCCUGAUGCUUCGUCGCAGCUAAAAAUAUCAGAACAAGAUGGAAAUCUAGUCCUCAUCAACCACACCAAAAUCCCAACUUGGUCAUGCAAUUCAACCUCUAAAACCUCAAAUCCCACUUUUGCAGUCCUUCUCGACACUGGAAAUCUUGUUCUGAGAGAAGUGUCGAAUUCCUCCUCCGUGAUUUGGCAAAGCUUUGAUUACCCAACUGAUACAUGGCUGCCUGGUAACCGGAUUGGAUUGAACAAGAUCACUGGACUACGCCAGCGCCUUAUUUCAUGGCGGAAUUCGGAGGAUCCCGCUCCCGGAGCCUUUUCUCUUCAGAUAGAAGAAGAUGGAACCAAUCAAUAUUUUAUGCUGCACAACAACUCUGAUAGAUACUGGAGUUCUGGCGUCUGGAACGGCUAUUACUUCAGCUUAAUCCCUGAAAUGACUUCAAGCUACAUCGGUCAGAGGAGUGGCCUGAGUGGCCUGAUCAAUAUGAGUUAUGUCACAAACAAAAAUGAGAACUACUUCACCUAUUCCUAUAAAGAUGCUUCCAUCAUCGUAAAAGCUGCGGUGAGCAUAUCAGGGCAGUUCCAGUCAUGGGUAUGGUCUAAGGACUCCGAGAAGUGGAAUUUGUUUACUUCAUUUCCGGGAGAUCAAUGCGAUGUUUAUGGUCUUUGUGGGUCUUAUGGUGUGUGUAAUGGAAGCAGCUCACCCUUCUGUACAUGUUUGCAAGGUUUCCACCCACUCUCUAAGAAAGAUUGGGAGUUGGGUGACCGGAGCAGCGGGUGUUUAAGGGAGACCAAUUUGCAAUGCAGUGAUAACAGAUCCAUUGGUGGAGAAAAAGACAUUUUUCUUAAGAUGCUCAACAUUCUAUUUCCUGUAAAUCCACAAUUCUUAGCAGUCCGGCGAGCUGAAGAAUGCGAACUAGCUUGCUUCAAUAACUGUUCUUGUACUUCUUAUGCCUAUAACAGUAGUGGGUGUUUUAUAUGGAAUGGUGAUCUGUUGAAUCUUCGACAACCAUCCCACACUGACGUUAAAGGAAGAGAUCUUUAUCUCCGUGUUGCGGCAUCUCGUAGAACUAGUAAGGGAGUGGCUGCUGGGGUUAUUGUAGGCAGUAGCAUUGGGAUGGUAGCAUUUUUUGUCAUUGUUUUGGUGAUAAUUUGGAGAUGCCGAAGGAAAUUACCAAAUCGUGCAUCAACAGAAGUUACUGGUUCUUUGGUUGCAUUCAGGUAUACAGAUUUACGAAGCGCAACCAAUGAUUUCGCAGAGAAGUUAGGAGGAGGAAGCUUCGGCUCUGUUUUCAAAGGGACUUUGCCUGAUUCUUCUGUUGUAGCUGUGAAGAAACUGGAAGGCCUAAGACAAGGGGAGAAGCAGUUCCGGUCGGAAGUGAGCACGAUUGGGAUGAUCCAACACGUUAAUCUGGUUCGCCUUCAUGGGUUCUGCUCUGAAGGGAGUAAAAGGUUGCUGGUUUAUGAUUUCAUGCCGAACGGGUCUUUAGAUUCUCUCCUGUUUGGGAAGAAAUCUGACAUCUUAGACUGGAAGACGCGGUAUCAAAUUGCACUUGGAACUGCCAAAGGAUUAGCUUAUCUCCAUGAAAAAUGCAGAGAAUGCAUAAUACAUUGCGACAUAAAGCCUGAAAACAUACUUUUGGAUGCUGCAUUUUGUCCCAAGGUGGCGGAUUUUGGCAUGGCGAAGCUUGUGGGCAGGGAUUUCAGCCGAGUACUUACAAGCAUGAGAGGAACCAUAGGGUAUCUUGCACCAGAAUGGCUUCACGGGGUAGCUAUUACAGCAAAAGCUGAUGUUUACAGCUACGGAAUGAUGAUUUUCGAACUUGUAUCAGGCAAUAGAAACACGAUGCAAUCUAAAAUUUCUGAGGCUGGGUAUUUCCCUGUUUGGGCAGCAGGCAAGAUCAAAGAAGGUGAUGUCCUCUGCUUAUUAGACCACAGAUUGGAGGGUAUUACUGACAUGGAAGAACUCAACAGAGCUUGCAGAGUUGCUUGUUGGUGUAUUCAAGAGAAUGAGGAGUCUCGACCGUCGAUGGGUCAGGUUGUUCAAAUUCUGGAGGGUGUUUUAGAGGUGAGCAUGCCACCGAUUCCAAGAUUUCUUCAAAAUCUUGUAGACAAUGAGGAGACGAUAACCUCUUACACUGUGAGCAGGACUAGAUUACCAGAUCAUACUGAUGGUUUAGUAAUCCAAUUAUCUUAAAAGGAAAAUGGUCAGCUUUCACAUUCAAUCGAUAGUACCAGAUGGUUUAGUAAUCUAAAUAAGUGUGGUUUCUUUUGGCUA